CUGCUGCUGCUGCUUCCUUGGGGGGUUUGUCCCCUCUCCAUGCGGCGCCUCCAUUGCGGAAGCGCUUGGGCUCCAGGGGCGCCGCAGGAGGAGGAGGAGGAGGAGGAGGAGGGAGAGGCUUCUGCUGAGCCGUCGCCCUGCGCCCUUGCCUUCCCGCCGCCCGCCGCCGCCGCCGGCCCCGCGAGCUGGAUGCGGGCUCUCCCGGCCGCCGCCGCCCCGGGGCUGGUGGCGCAGGAGGGGGCGCCGGAGGGGGCCCGGGGACAGCCUCGCCCUCCGCCGGCCGCGGGACCAUGCUGACUCGGGUCAAGUCCGCCGUGGCCAAUUUCAUGGGAGGCAUCAUGGCUGGCGGGUCGGAGCACGGCGGAGGGGGAGGAGGAGGAGGAGGAGGGGGCUCGGACCUGCCCCUGCGCUUCCCUUACGGCCGCGCCGAGUUCCUGGGCCUCUCGCCCGACGAGGUGGAGUGCUCCGCCGACCACAUCGCCCGGCCCAUCCUCAUCCUCAACAAGGAGAGCCAGCGCCUGCCCUGGACCACGGGAUACGCCGAGGUGAUCAAUGCGGGCAAAAGUACACACAAUGAAGACCAGGCCAGUUGUGAAGUUCUUACUGUAAAGAAGAAAGCAGGAGGAAGUAAUUCCACACCAAACAAAAACUCCUCUUCCAAACGGAGAUCUUCAUUGCCAAAUGGCGAAGGCUUACAGCUGAAAGAGAACUCAGAAUCAGAUGGCAUCUCUUUCCAUUACUGGUCAUUAUUUGAUGGUCAUGCUGGCUCUGGGGCAGCCGUUGUCGCUUCAAAGCUGCUUCAGCAUCACAUUGUGGAGCAACUACAGGAGAUUGUAGACAUCCUGAGAAACUCUGCUGUGCCUCCCCCAACCUGCCUGGGGGAGGAGCCGGAAAACAUGAAUGCCAGCAGCCGAACUUUGACUAGGGCAGCCUCCUUACGGGGAAGCGCUGGAGCCCCGGGCUCACCUGGCACUCCACCAACUCGCUUCUUUACCGAGAAGAAGAUCUCUCAGGAGUGCCUUGUUAUUGGGGCAAUUGAGACAGCAUUUAGGGAAAUGGAUUUGCAGAUAGAGCAAGAAAGGACUGUGUACAAUAUCUCUGGUGGUUGUACGGCUCUUGUUGUCGUGUAUUUACUCGGAAAGCUCUAUGUGGCAAACGCUGGAGACAGCAGGGCUAUAAUAGUCCGAAAUGGAGAAGUCAUUCCGAUGUCAUCAGAGUUCACUCCAGAAACAGAGAGACAGCGUCUUCAGUAUCUGGCAUAUAUGCAGCCCCAUUUGCUGGGAAAUGAGUUUACACACUUGGAGUUUCCAAGGAGGGUUCAGCGUAAGGAAGUUGGAAAAAGGAUGCUUUACAGAGACUUCAACAUGACUGGCUGGGCAUACAAAACCAUUGAAGAGGAUGACUUGAAGUUUCCUCUUAUAUACGGCGAAGGCAAGAAGGCUCGUGUCAUGGCAACAAUUGGGGUGACGAGAGGACUUGGUGAUCAUGACCUGAAGGUGCAUGACUCAAACAUCUACAUCAAGCCUUUUUUGUCUUCAGCUCCGGAGGUGCGAGUGUAUGAUCUUCUCCAGUAUGAACAUGGCCCAGAUGAUGUGCUAAUCUUAGCUACUGAUGGACUCUGGGAUGUACUAUUAAAUGAAGAAGUGGCAGAAGCUGUGACUAACUUCCUGCCAAAUUGUGACCCUGAGGACCCCCAUAGGUACACAUUAGCAGCUCAGGAUUUGGUCAUGCGAGCCAGAGGAGUGCUGAAGGACAGAGGAUGGAGGAUAUCCAACGAUAGACUGGGUUCAGGAGAUGACAUUUCUGUCUACGUCAUUCCUUUAAUACAUGGAAACAAACUCUUGUAAAACCAGCACCAAUACUAGUAAUAGGGAACAUUUGCUUUUUAGUAACAAUUGAUGGAAGAGACAGGCUAUUAAGAAAUGAGAAUAUUGUGUUUCUAACAUAUAUAUUCUUUACUGAGUUUGGUUGAACCUGGCUAUUUCUACUUGAAAUGUAGGGCUGAAUUGUACAUGAUUUAAAGGUAUCUCUUAGAAGCUUCCCUAUGUUUAUGUUUUUGGUGCAUAAGAGGAUCAUAAAUUUAUGCUGCUAGAGUAUUAGUAAUUUCUUGUUAA